AUGGGGGAGGAGGCGGAUGCAGUGGCGGUGGAUACGGAGGUCCCUGCACCUCUGCAGAAGAAGCAACGGCAGAAUAAGGAGUGGCAGCGCUUGGCAGAUGCGCAAACGACACUCGUUCCCCCCCAAUACCAGGAGCACAAGCAGUCUUAUCAUGCAAAGCAGCAGCAAUGCGAAAAGGAGUUUGUGGCGCAUAAGCGGCAGGUGUUGAUGAAUCUCUCCAGCAAUGCGUGCGACCACAGUCCAAAGGGUGGCGUUGACCGCAAGUGCCUCCCCCUCAUGCAGCUCUUGAACACCCAUGAGGAUUACGUGACGACGAGUAGCUGCUCGGGCCGCAUCGCACUCUUCCAUAGCGUCGCCAUCGCGGAGAACUGUGGGGCUGCAGAGUCGGCGGCGGCAGUGAAGCGAGGCGAUAAGGACGCACUGGGGUGGCUGUUGGUCAAACACGAGGCCCUCACGGAGCGCGAGGUCGAGUUCCUUGUGCACGCCCUAUGUGACGGCGCUGAGGGCAGCGUUGUAGCAGAUGCCGCGGGAGCCGCAGGCAGGCAGCACGAGGAGGGGCAACGCGAGGGUGAGUUGGAUGGGGUUUGGGUGCGGGAAGGGGUGCUGCGGGCCUCUUCUCUCCCUGCCUUUGGCCUCGUCGCGCUGAAGAUGGAGCCCUUCGUGAUGCAUGUCGCGUGCCGCACGAUGGAGAGCGCGAAGUGGUUGUUGUCUGCCGCCGCAGCCGACGCCGGGUUCCGCAAUAGUGGGGUGACGCCGCCUGGGAAAAAAAUCAUUUGUGGGAUUCGCCACGCCGCUGGACUGGGGUUCGACGUCCCUCUCGUGAUGGACGGCGUGAACUACGUGAUGGGUCAGCACGCCUACGUGCGGCGUCUCUUGCAGAUGGCAAACACGAAGAUGCACAGCAACGACGUGAGGCUGCGCCGACUGGAAGCCGCGGUUGCCGCCCGCCUUGACAAGAGAGGGGCAACGGAGGGUUAG